AUGCCACACCUCCGCAAAGUUGGGGAAGGCGACGAAGAGAACUUUGGAAUUGGAGCGUUGGUAGGGGAUCUGGGGAUCCUGAGGUUCUUCAUACAAAUCGGCAGCGGCUCCAAAGGGCUGGCCCGGCAGAUGUUCAAUCACACCACAUUGGUGUCUAAGCAGUUCGACACGUUCUUGAGUCUGACGAAGUACACCGAAUGGGUCAGGCCAGGAUCUGGGGAAGCUGCCUGGAUUGUCAACAGCACGGAGCUCCUUAGGCUAGUGGGCUUGAUCUGGGCUGGGCGAACUAAGGGUAGCAUGCCGCCGGAUGCCUGA